GAGCCGGCGGCCGCCAUGGCGCUGGCGCUGGCGGCCGGGGAGGCGGCAGCGGGGCCUCCAGCGCCCUCCGCCGCUGCCGCCCCCGAGGAGCGGCCUGAGGAGGAGCUGGGCUUCACCAUCGACAUCAAGAGCUUCCUCAAGCCGGGCGAGAAGACGUACACGCAGCGCUGCCGCCUCUUCGUGGGCAACCUGCCCACCGACAUCACCGAGGAGGACUUCAAGCGCCUCUUCGAGCGCUACGGCGAGCCCAGCGAGGUCUUCAUCAACCGCGACCGCGGCUUCGGCUUCAUCCGCCUGGAAUCCAGAACAUUGGCUGAAAUUGCAAAAGCAGAACUGGAUGGCACCAUUUUAAAAAGCAGACCUCUCAGAAUUCGUUUCGCUACACAUGGAGCAGCCUUAACUGUUACGAACCUUUCUCCGGUUGUUUCUAAUGAGCUGCUGGAGCAAGCGUUUUCCCAGUUUGGUCCAGUUGAGAAAGCUGUUGUGGUUGUGGAUGACCGAGGUAGAGCCACAGGAAAAGGUUUUGUCGAAUUUGCAGCGAAACCUCCUGCAAGAAAGGCCCUGGAAAGAUGUGGUGAUGGGGCAUUUUUACUGACAACGACACCUCGUCCAGUCAUUGUUGAGCCUAUGGAGCAGUAUGAUGAUGAAGAUGGCUUGCCAGAGAAGUUGAUGCAGAAAACUCAACAAUAUCAUAAGGAAAGAGAACAGCCACCACGAUUUGCUCAACCUGGGACAUUUGAAUUUGAGUAUGCGUCUCGAUGGAAAGCUCUCGAUGAAAUGGAGAAGCAGCAGCGUGAACAGGUUGAUAGAAACAUAAGAGAAGCCAAAGAGAAGCUGGAGGCAGAAAUGGAAGCAGCUAGGCAUGAACACCAGUUAAUGCUUAUGAGACAAGAUCUUAUGCGUCGUCAAGAAGAACUCAGACGCUUGGAAGAACUCAGAAACCAAGAGCUACAAAAACGAAAGCAAAUACAGCUGAGACAUGAGGAAGAACAUCGUCGUCGAGAGGAAGAAAUGAUUAGACACAGAGAACAGGAAGAACUCAGGCGACAGCAAGAGGGCUUUAAGCCAAACUAUAUGGAAAAUGAAGAUAAAAGAAAACAUGGAUGAAGCUACUUGAAAUUCAGCUUCCAGGAUAAGCCAGAAGUCUGGAAACUGGAAAAUGAGG